UUUGUUUCCCCUUCUUUUCAGGACAUGUCCAACGAUGGCGACGUGCCCCCCACAGUGGCCUCGGUGGCGGAUGGUGCCCACCUGCUGGGCUUCUCUGACGAGAUCCUCCUGCAUAUCCUGAGCCACAUCCCCAGCACAGACUUGGUGCUGAAUGUCCGGCGCACCUGCCGGAAGCUCGCAGUACUGUGCCUGGACAAGAGCCUCAUCCACACCGUGCUGCUGCAGAAGGACUAUGAGGCGAGCGAGGACAAGGUGAAGCAGCUUGUGAAGGAGAUCGGCCGCGAGAUCCAGCAACUCAACAUGGCCGGCUGCUACUGGCUCUCGGGCUCCACCAUCGAGCACGUCGCCCGCUGCCGCAGCCUGGUGAAAGUGAACCUGUCGGGUUGCCACCUGACCUCCCUGCGCCUCUCCAAGAUGCUCUCGGUCCUGCAGCACCUGCGCUCCCUGGCCAUCGACGUGAGCCCCGGCUUCGACGCCAGCCAGCUGAGCGGUGAGUGCAAGGCCACGCUGAGCCGCGUGCGGGAGCUCAAGCAAACGCUGUACACGCCCUCCUACGGCGUCGUGCCCUGCUGCACCAGCCUCGAGAAGCUGCUGCUCUACUUUGAGAUCCUUGACCGCACGCGCGAGGGCGCCAUCCUCUCGGGCCAGCUCAUGGUGGGCCAGAGCAACGUGCCCCACUACCAGAACCUGCGGGUCUUCUACGCCCGCCUGGCCCCCGGCUAUAUCAACCAGGAGGUGGUGCGGCUGUACCUGGCCGUGCUCAGCGACCGCACGCCUGAGAACCUGCACGCCUUCCUCAUCUCUGUGCCCGGCAGCUUCGCUGAGAGCGGGGCCACCAAGAACCUGCUGGACUCCAUGGCCCGCAACGUCGCGCUGGAUGCCCUGCAGCUGCCCAAGUCCUGGCUCAACGGCUCGUCCCUCCUCCAGCACAUGAAGUUCAACAACCCCUUUUACUUCAGCUUCAGCCGGUGCACGCUGUCUGGUGGUCACCUGAUCCAGCGGGUCAUCAACGGCGGGAAGGACCUCCGCAGCCUGGCCAGCCUGAACCUCAGCGGCUGCGUGCACUGCCUGUCCCCAGACUCCCUGCUCCGCAAGGCAGAGGACGAGAUCGACAGCAGCAUCCUGGAGACGCUGGUGGUGUCCUGCUGCAACCUGCGGCACCUCAACCUCUCGGCCGCCCACCACCACAGCUCCGAGGGCCCGGGCAGGCACCUGUGCCAGCUGCUGGCCCGGCUGCGCCACCUGCGCUCUCUGUCCCUGCCCGUCUGCUCCGUGGCUGACUCUGCACCGCGGGCCGACCGUGCUCCCGCCCAACCUGCGAUGCACGCCGUGCCCCGCGGCUUUGGCAAGAAGGUCCGCAUCGGCGUGCAGUCCUGUCCCAGCCCCUUCUCAGGGCAGGCGGUCCCUCAGCCUUCCUCCGUGUUCUGGUGUCUGCUGAAGAAUGUGCCCUUUCUGGAACGCCUCGAGCUGAUCGGGUCCAACUUCUCCUCUGCCAUGCCGCGCAACGAGCCUGCCAUCCGCAACUCCCUCCCGCCCUGCAGCCGGGCGCAGAACGUUGGGGACUCAGAGGUGGCUGCCAUCGGCCAGCUGGCCUUCCUGAGACACCUGACGCUGGCCCAGCUGCCCAGCAUUCUGACGGGCUCUGGGCUGGUCAGCAUCGGCCUGCAGUGCCAGCAGCUUCAGUCCCUCUCACUGGCCAACCUGGGCAUGAUGGGGAAGGUGGUCUACAUGUCUGCCCUCUCGGACAUGCUGAAGCAUUGCAAGCGGCUGAAGGACCUCAGGCUGGAGCAGCCCUACUUCAGUGCCAACGCCCAGUUCUUCCAGGCGCUGAGCCAGUGCUCCGCGCUGCAGCGCCUGUGCCUGGUCUCCCGCAGCGGCACCCUCCAGCCCGAGGCCGUGCUGGCCUUCAUGGCCCGCUGCCUGCAUGUCGUCGUGUGCCACAUGUUCACUGGGGAGUCCCUCACCACCUGCAAGAGCCUGCAGCAGUCCCUCCUCCGAAGUUUCCAGGCAGAGCGGCCCGCGCUGAAUGUUGUCAUCUUCCCUCUGCUCCACGAGGGCCUGACUGAUGUCAUCCGGGACGUCCCCAUGGUGCACCUUGACGAGAUCACCUUAUUUAAAAGCAGAGUGGCCGAGGAGCCCCCAAACCUGUGGUGGUGACAGGCAUGGCCCAGCACUGGGCGAAGCUGCUUCUGUUGGCCAAGCUGCCCUGCCCGCUGCCUGUUGCCUCUGUAAGUCUCCGUGGCCGAGGCAGCAGGACUGCCCCAAAC